AUGGAGGACCCCCACAGCAGUGCUGCGUUGAAUGGGAGUGGCAACUCACGGUCUACGAUUAGCAGCCUCCUCAACGAUGACGCCUCGACCGAUGCGCAGGAGGUGGACUUCACCUCCUACGGCAGCCCGUUCCUCCCUGACUUGGGCUCCCCCUCCUCCAGUAGUAAUCCCCCUGUUGUCAUCGACGUCGAUCGCCAGCCACCCAACAAGAAGAGGCGCCAGAGCUUCGACAACAACGUUGAUGCAUCUUCAGCUUCAUCUUCGACCACAAGCGAGCAGCUCCCCUUCCCCUCCCUCCAUCUGCAUCCCCUUCUGGGCGGCGCCAGCGUGGAGAAUCCGCAGGCGCUGCCAUCGCCAUCUUUGCUGGCCGCGACUGCAUGGCAGCAGCAGCUCGACUCGCACGUGGUGGAGGAGGAGAGGCGCGCACUCGCCGAGGAGCGACGAAAGGUGGCGACCGACCGCCAGCAGCUCAACGACGAGCGGCGCGCCUUCGAGGACGAGAAGCGCCAGUUCUACGACGAGAAGCAGAAGUGGCUCGAUGAACGAGAUAAGCAGACCACCACCACCGGUGGCGGCAAGCCCACCAUCUCGUUUGGUCGGCGUUCCCAGGCCCAGCUCGAGGAGCAGUCCUUUGGCUGCGUGUUCGUCAAGAACAAUGCCGUGGUCACCAAACCGUCGCCCAGCUUUGCGCAAGCCUUUGUCGUCUUGUCGGACAUGAUGACCCAGAAGAAGGUCGAGCUUCCUCUCGCCAUCGGAAUUGGUGCCAAGGACAGCUCGCUGCCCAAGAAGGCCGUGCAGGAUCUGGGAUGCAUUCUGAUUCCACAGCAGACCAGGGACUAUGGACCAUCGUACGCCAAGACCGGAUACCUGGUGGUCACACUCAAGGACCAGAAAGGGGGCGCGCCCGUGCGCAUCGAAGCCGUGGAGGGAGCCGAGAGCGACGCGGGGGAGAGCUAUUUCAUCAUCGCCAAGAGUGACUUGGGCUUGCUUCGGUGCGUCGCCAACGAGAAGGAGGGCACCAUCAGCAACGACCACGGGGGCGCUGGCGGCGGCGAGACAACCGAACCGGCCAAGGGCAAGAGGAAGAAGUGA